CGGUUCCCACAUCCAAUCAGUGUGCGCAGUAUCAUCGACAUCCAAUCACUAUGUAGAAGUUUCAGCGGCAAUUAGCUACAGUAGCCAUAUAGUAACGGUUAAUGUUUGAAAUUCAUCACUGAAACUCAGGCGGUAACAGGGUAAAGUUAGCACCAUGUAUGGGCUGUUUUAUUUAUUUCGUAGACGGGUCCGUUAUUGCAGAGAGUACAUCUAUUAUACAGGAUGCAUAUAUAAAUGCUGGUGUUACAGUGACCUGCAAGGAAGACAUCCAGUCCCAGGAAGGCUGGAUAGAGGUGAUUUUGCCAGCUAAACGCAGGCAAGAUCCGAAGCCGGUUGCAGCCAAACUGCUGUUCAUGGCGGAAAACUACAAAGAAGUAGUACAGAAGCGUGUCGCUUUCCUCAAACGGGGGGAUAUAUGGUCUUCCAGUCAGUCUGGCCAGGAGAAGAGGGUGGUGAAGCUAGGAAUGACUUCUGGUUCACAGAUGGCCAAGAUAGGCGAACAGCUCAAGAGGGACCUCAAACAGCAACCUACAAGACAACUCAGUUCUACUCCUGCUAGAUAUGAGUCUGAUUCUGAUGACACAUGUUGUGAUAUUUUUGAUCCUCCCAAAAAACGAAAAAUGGUGAUUAACACCAGUGAGGAGGAGGAGGACGCCAUCCCUCAGGCGGAGUCUCAGCGGCCAGGGACAGUGCCUGCAGUUUUUGUUGAACUGGAUGAGGACAGUUUGAAGGCUCUGAAAGAGCUGCCAGGACUGGUGUCUUCACUCAAAACAGUCCUAAACAAAAUGGAAGAUUCACCUUUGUCUUCCAUGAUUUCCAGCCAAAGCGAAUCACCGCGCACUGGCAGUCACACUGGCAGUGAAGAAGACAUGGUGUCAUUGGGCAACUCAUUAGUGCAAGUCCCAAAACGCCUCUAUCAGAGGCUGAGUGGGAGGAGGAUGUCCCUCUUCACACAGGAACUGGCCACAUUGGUAUUUGGCAGGGAAACUUUGGCCAAGGCAACCCUCACAGGGAAAGGAAAAAAAGGCGAGCUGAAGGAGCAGCUUGAGCCAGAAAAAACCAACGCAAUUAUAGAUGCAGUGAGGGAGCGAUUCCCCAACACCGAGGUGGCAGAGAUCCGGGCCCUUCUACGGAGGAAGUGCAACAAUGAGAGCUACAAGGCCUCUAGUAACUCAAGUCAGAGCUAGAUAUAUGCAUGUGUAGUAAGUUGUUUUGCCAUUGUUCUGUUCCCGGCAUUUCAGAGA